AGCAUGGAAUUAGUUUUGUUUGUUUCCCUUUUUGGUACUGUUUUCUCAGCGACCUCAACAUCAAAAAGUACAGGAGUUAUCUUGCAAGCAAAGCCAACAGUUACAACAACUUUGCCCGUAAGCAGUAAUGUAAUAAAUGCUACAGAGAUUGAAAGUGGACAAAGUUACAGCGGUGAAUAUAGUGGAAAUGAAACUUAUGGAUCAGUAGACAAUAUGGUUGAUAAUAUUGCAACGAAUAUGUCUGAAAAAGAUAUCCAUAACGCCGAGGGUGUUGGUCCAGAAUUCAGCCGAAAGAGUGGAAGUGUUGCGAUCGGAGAAAUAACGAUUAUGAAAGAAACAAAGAUUGCCGGCAAGCCAAAAGCAGAUGAUUUUGAAAAUAAGGUAAAUGGAAAGGAAAGGGAAAUGGACAGGCAAAGCACUAAGAGAGAAUUCGGUCAGGUAAAAAAUGCGACGUAUGUUCCAAAGUGCAGUGAAGUUGAUGAUCCUUUUGUACAGUGUGCUAUGGACUUUCCUCUAGACGUAAUAAUUCCUCCCAUGAAACCUUUAGAAACUGCAGAUGAUGCGAACAAUUAUUCAAGCGUAAAAAAUGACACGGACAAGAAACCACAAUAUAUGACCACGACAAAGCAGACACAAUACACUUCAUCAUCUAUUAGUGAGCAAUCACAGCCCUCCGAUAAAGGGACAAUCACAGUACCGUUAAGCCAAACUGACAUCACUCUGACAUCAACCCAAUCGUCAGCAGUCGAUCCAACUGGCCCUUCAUCCUCUUCAUCUGAUGUUACUACUACAUCGGUUUCGCAAGGUGAUGCGAUGACAUCAACAGUCGAGAUGCGAACAAAUCAAAGUCAAACAUCAACCGCUAAUGUGCAGUAUAUUACAACAGUUGCAGCAGCAGCAGCAGCAGCUGAAACAAUAGAAUCAGCGAUAACAACAGCAUCACCAACCGCUAGUGACGCACUUCAGACAACGGAGUCGCAGACAACAUCACAAAACAACGAUCAACAGACGACACAUUUACAGACUACAACAAUUUUGUCAAAUCAAGAAACAAAACAAAAAGACACUCUAGGACAGACAACCGUUCAAACACAGGAACAGGCAACACAGCACGUAAAUCAAAACCAGAGCACACCAACAACGCAGACCGUUCAAGCCGUUCAAACACAGGAACUGACAACACAGCAAGUAAAUCAAAACCAGAGCACCCCAACAACGCAGACCGUUCAAGCCCAAGGGGAGUUGCAAACAUGCCCAGUAUUGUCGUGUUCCACAGAGUGUCCACAUGGAAUCAGACUAGACAGCAACGGCUGUCCUACAUGCAUGUGCCUUUUGUCCCCAUCCUGCCCACCGGUGUUUCCUUUGUCGCGUUUGAUCUGUUUCCUCCAGGCACGCUCCAGUCUGUCAUGCGUCUCGGACGCAGACUGCAAGGCCAACCGGAUAUGUUGCCCAGGCGGGUGCGGGCCAAUAUGUCGGCGGAAGUCCAAUAAUCGUAGAUCAAUGUUGCUUUCAAUACUGGACUAGAUGUUUACUGUUAUGUGUUGUAAAUAACCUUUAAUUCUAAAAUUAGACAUGGUGAAUUAUUUGUUGUUAAUUACUAUGACAUUAAUACUA